CUCUCCUGCGGAUGCGACAUCAGGGCCGAAGCAGGCAGAAAGGGCUUGGUCGGGGUGUCACCGGGUCCCGAACCGCGCGUCUCUCUCCGGACGGCAGAUACCCCAGCCGAACUGGACGCCGCCGUCGCCGCAGCUGGAAGCCCCCCGUAGAGGAGCCUCCUCCUCGGCUAUGCUGCCCUGAGAACGCCGCGACCGCCCGCCCCGCCAAAAUGUCUGAUGUCAACAAGACUGUUCAGAAAUGGCACGCCAGUUUUAAGAAAGGCGCAGACUUUGACUCGUGGGGGCAAUUAGUGGAGGCGAUAGAUGAGUACCAAAUUCUCGCCAGACAACUACAAAAGGAGGUCCAGUCUACGAAUUCUUCAGACUUCACAGAGGAGCAGAAGAAAAACUUAGGAAAGAUUGCAACAUGCCUAGAGAUGAGAAGUGCCAGUUUGCAGUGCACCCAGUCAAAGGAGGAGUUCAAGUUAGAGGACCUAAAGAAACUGGAGCUCAUAAUCAAGAACAUACUCACCUAUAACAAAGAAUUUCCCUUCGAUGUCCAGCCAGUGCCAUUAAGGAAAAUCCUGGCUCCGGGUGAGGAGGAGAACUUGGAGCUGGAGGCAGAAGACGAUGCUGCUGCAGGAGCAGGAUCGACAGAAACAUUCCCACCAAGAGCUCCCGGUACUCUGUUGCCGCGGUUACCGUCAGAACCUGGGAUGACGCUACUCACACUAAGAAUAGAGAAAAUUGGGUUGAAGGACGCCGGCCAGUGCAUCGACCCAUACAUGAGCAUCAGCGUCAAAGAUGUGAACGGAGUUGAUCUGAACCCAAUGCAGGACACUCCUGUGGCCACCAGGAAGGAAGACACGUACAUUCACUUCAGCGUGGACGUCGAAAUUCAGAGGCAUGUAGAGAAAUUGCCAAAAGGAGCAGCUAUCUUCUUUGAAUUCAAACACUACAAGCCCAAAAAGAGGUUCACCAGCACAAAAUGCUUCGCCUUCAUGGAAAUGGACGAGAUCAAACCUGGACCGAUUGUCAUUGAACUGUACAAGAAGCCAACGGACUUUAAGAGGAAGAAACUGCAGCUGCUCACAAAGAAGCCACUUUAUCUCCAUCUUCAUCAGACGCUACACAAGGACAGCUAAGCCCCGUCUCGCCCUUUAAUCUCACUGCAUAUCCAGGGAAACGUGGUGUUCCUCCUCAUCGCCACAUUCUGCAAUACCAAAUGAAGGCUGAGGUGUGAAGAAAGUAAAUCCGAUCUCCUCACACGGACUUUAUGAAAUUCUUUUUUUCUUCUGUUACAGGGAGUCCCAUUAAUAUACUUUAAACCAGCAGAAACAUUUUACAGCAGUUUAAGACGCCUCAUGUUCAGUCUUCCACAUGUAGCUCUCUGAUUUUAAUUUUUAAUUUUAAUUAAAAUUUUUUUAUGGAGUCACUGCAGGUACUUAUGGUUUGUUUUAUGUCACAAAACUCUGGACUUUAAAACGCAAAAAAGCCAGCAAAACAUUGACUCCCUAAUCCAACCACUGUUUUGGGAAAACUUCAAUUCUCUUCCGGAAUAUAGUUUGCUCGAUUUAGUUUGUUCUUUGCUGCUGCUGCUGAAUAUGUCUGGAAAAGGGGUUCAAACAGAGGCAUUUAAUCAGGAUUGAUGCCACUGAAACCACAGUACUGGGUUUACAAGAAGUCAGCAACAACAGAUGAUUGUAAAGCUGUAAGAGUUUAAGCAGAUUUGGCACAAUUCCCUUAAAUAAUUAGAGAACAAAAGCUGCCGAAAGUGUGCACAACUGUACUUAACCGACAGGAUUUGCUGUAGCAUACUAGUGUUGUAUAAAACUCCACAAUAUGUUGGUAUUUUUAACUUCUCAAAUGGAGACAGAGACCUAAAAUUGUAAAACUUCUCAUUAUACUAACAGUAUGAUGUGAAAAAGUAUUUCUCCCCUUAAAGAUUUUCUCAAGCCAAAUUUCAAGCAAAGAUGAAUGAAAACAAAAUGCAUUUUUUUGAAAAAGAGGCUUUUAUUUUAUGAAAGGAACAGCACAUUUCCAAAUGAACUAACCAUUGGUAGCAAUAUUUGGUUAGUAAUGUUUGGUGAUGAGCAAAUUAGCGCUGCUGUGGCUGGAAUCCCAAAGAGUUUGACAUUAUUAACCCUUUUUGGUCAGAUGUAAAGGACUUUGUUUCACGUCUGUUCUGGAGUUUAUUUAGAUCAGGAUGUGAUUUGUUGUCAUUUGAGAUCUUUCAGCCUACUUCGUGUUGUUUGACUGGUUCUGUUAAGAUGGGUUUCUUUUUUUUUUUUUUGCCUGGAUGGGUGUCAGGUUUGGGUGCGGUCAGUAAAAUGUAAUGAAAAUAACUGGUUAUAGUCAAUUCAUGAUUUUCUGUUUUGGAAUGUUUUCUCCUUUUAAUAAAUGAAAUAAUUUUGAAAGCAAAAAAAAGUUCUGUAUCUACUCAGGGGGAAAAUACUUUCUCACGUUUUUACUGGAAGUAAUUCGGAAACAGGAUCCACUAACUGUGCCCCAGUGCUUCUCAUCCUACAGUUCAUUUAUGUUUAAGUUCUAAGAUGUUUAAAACGUUGAAAUCUGCUUCGCAAAAAUACCAAACUUUGUCUCCGAGUCCUAAGAUUUUUUAAACAAAUAACAAAAAAAAUAGUUCUUGUUUUGGAUAACAAACCCAAACUAUUUGUUCAGAUUGUACUGGUUCAAAAUACUUUAUAUUUUAAACAUACAAUGCAAUAUUUUUUUAGUUAAUUUGUAAAGGGAACCGUAAAAACAGUAGGUAUUUAAAUGAUUUGCUUAAUUCAGUAUUAAAGCUUAACGAUGGAUUCAGUUCAGUUUUACGUCUGAGAAAGCAUAAAGUGUUUUUUUUUUUUUUAAAUCCAGUGGUUUUGUUUGUGCAGUUUUACUUAAACAUGAAGGCUAAAUGAAGCUGUGAUUAGAUGCAUCUCUACAUGUGAAUGGAGAACAGAAUUGUUCGAAUAUAAUCCAUUACUUUGUAAUGCUAUUUAACUUCACUUUCUGUCACAUGUACGUGAUUAAAAUCUGCUUGUAGACUUUAUUUUUGUAACAUCUCUAAAACGAGGACAAACCAACUGUAAGAUAGACUAACUGAUGGAUUAACUGUAAAUGUGCAUCGGGAACUGUUUGCAAUUAUUUUUGAUUUAUAAUAAACUAUAACCGAAGCAGUUUGUAAC